UCGAAGGCGUGCUCGUCCGGAAAUUUGAAUCUUCGGCGGAUCAAAAGCCCUAAAAUUGGUCAAUCGAUCCCAGCGUGGCGGAAACUGAAGAUUAGGGUUAUGAUUCAUGGAUUUCAGGUCGCAGUGAUCGCUUUUCUCUUUUGGUCGCCGAAGAUUGCGGGAGAAGCCGAAGCUUAAAGUGCAAGAUUUUUCAGCUUUUCGGGUGGGUUUCUGGUUCAGUCGCCCACCUCUUUCCCUGCUGAAUCUGAUCAGAAUGGCGAGCUCUGGGGAAGACGAACGCUUUUGACUGCGGAUUCGGAGCAGAUCGCACGGAGGUUUGUUUGUUUGUUUUUUUUUUUUGAUGUUGUCUACUCGCGCCAUGGGCGGCGAUGGGUUCGAUCGGAGCACUCUGGAGGCGAUGCUGGACGCCAUCCGGCAGGGGGAUGAGCAGCCUAAGGAUCUGCCGCCGGCUCUACCCGCUCGGCCAACCUCGAGGGGUCGCCUGCCCACUUCAAGGAGAUUUGUGUCCGCGAGGCCUAAUCACGAAGCCAGUGAUCCAGGAAUGAAUGAUAAGGAUGUGGCGGUGUCCCAAAGUGGAAUUUUUGGCAGCAAGAAGUGCUUGGGGAUUCCAGAACUGCUGCGCUAUGAGGAAACAGUGCAGGCUGCCAAUAUCACAGUGUUUGUGCCUUGCAAGAAGUUGGAUUGCGGAGGCAGCGACAAGCGUACCGUAAGCGAGUGUACUGGCUUGGAAGAUGAUGCUAGAAAUCAAACUAUGCAAGCAAUUCUUUGGGUGCAGAAGAAUUUUCGAGGUCUCCAAGCUCGUUCGCAUUUUAAACAGCUGAAGGCAGCAGCAACUCAUUUACAAUCAUUUGUUCGAGGUGAAAGCGAAAGGCAAAAGUUUGCAGUGUUGAUAAGGAGGUGUUGUUCAGCUAUUGUGAUCCAAAAGCAUGCACGACGGCGAUCUGCUACGGCUGCCUUUAACGCCCAACUCAGGGAUGUUGUGCUAUUGCAGUCCGCCAUUCGUGGUUGGCUAGCAAGGCAAGGAGUCAUUGUCUCGAGUGCUGCUUCGAAGGGAAGGCAAACGUCGAACCUCAUUGAAGGAAACACAAGGAGAGAAUCAACAAGUGACCAUGUUGAAGUUAUUAAGGACACAAACAAUGAGCAGAGUCAGAUUUACCAUGCUUUGGCUGAACUCCGAAGUCAGCUGCUGAAAACUGAAGCAGCACUGCAGGAGAAAGAAGAAGAAAAUGCUAUGUUGAAACAGAGGCUUCAGGAGUAUGAUAUAAGGUGGUCAAACUAUGAAUCGAAAAUGAAAUCGAUGGAGGCGACAUGGCAGGGACAAUUGAAUUCUUUGCAGAUGAACUUUGCAGCCGCAAGAAAAUCCCAUGCUUUGGAGGAGAUACCAAAGCAAAACAGAAGGCAGGAGACACCUAAACCUAACCAUUAUUGUAACUUUGAAACCUCUUCUUCUUCUGAGGUUCAACCUCUCAAAGACAUGCUAUCAAAACUCCAAAAGAAUUCUAAUUCAGUGCCAAUGAGAAACCGUGAUGCUGCCCCAAGUUCGGUCGUUCAGCUUACGGAGGAGUUUGAUCGGCAACAAAGGAUAUUCGACAAUGAUGCUGUUUUAGUCAAUGGAGCAAAAUCAGAGCAAUGUGCAGCCAAUAUAAACCAUUUACAAGAGCUUCGAGAACUCAAAGCUCGUUUUGCUUCGUGGAAAAAAGAUUAUAAGGUGCGAUUGAGGGAGGCAAAGAUGGAAUUACUAAAGCUCGGCAGUCCUGAAGAGAAAGUAGGCACACGGAAGCAUUGGUGGUGCACUGCUAGAAUAAAAUGACCCAGUCAACUGAAUCCAUUUUUGUUCUUCUGGUAUUACAAUUUCAGUGAUACCAUCACAUUGUUCAUCCGAUUACAACAUCCAACUCAUUGAGUGAUUGUUUGCGGCGUCAGAGACGCAAAGAAGCAAGCCUUGUAUGAUUCAUAUUGCUUGUAGGUUCCACACAUUAUUGUCAAGAUUCAGGCAGAGAAUUGCCCCUUCUAUGAAUCAUUGAAAUUUACAUGUAGAGAAGAUAGAGAAGUGUGUUCAUGAAUUUUGUAUUUUUUAUAUUUAGUUUGUACUUUGUUUCCCCCUUAAUUGGGGAAUACUGGUAAUCUUAUGCAUUGUCAUGGAGAAAC